GCCGCAGACGCCAUUUUGCAGCUAUAUGGCGUAGAUUGUUGUGUCUGUACACAGUUGGCUCUGUUUACAUUCGGAUAUUUUUAAAAACUCCCUUAACUUCAUAUAGAUCUAAGGAUGCUGUUAAAAAUAUAAUGUUGUAAUUCAGAAAUCUGAAAUGAUUUAAUGCUUACCAUACAUUUUUGGGUAAGACAUGAAUCAAGAUGGUGGGACAGAGCAAUCCUCAGAUUAUGAAACCAGUGAUGCUGCUGCUAGUUCGCUCAAUAAUAGUCUUAGUGAAGAAGAGUUUUCCAUUGAAAGUUCUAAUAUAGAUAGUGGUGGAUUAAAGUUAACAAUUUCAUUUAGAAAAAAAAGUAGUGAAGAUGAUACAGAUUAUUCAGCUGGAGCCAACUUGAACAGAUCAAAACAACAAAGUGCUUCAUUGGACCCAGAAGAAAACCAUUUCAGUAUGGAAAAGCAGGUCCGUGAGUUGGACUCAAAUAAUGCUUACAUUCAAAAGAAACUAAUAGAAAAAGACAUUCCUAAGACAUUGGUGUCUUUUAAUGACCAUACUUCAACUAUAAAAAAUGAUUUUUCAUAUAUACAAACAUCUACUACAAUACCAACAGCUACAAAAUUGACACAUCGACCUUCUGCCUCAAAUGAGAGGCAAGAUUCUGUUCUAUUUAUUAGCACAUCAGAUGAAAGUACUUCAGAUGUUAAAGUCGGAUUAUCAUCAGUUGAUGUGUCUAAAACUUGUGAAUCUCUAAAGUCAUGUAAACAUUUUAAACAAGAUAGUGUGACUUGUAGCUCAUCUUUACAUGACGCUCAUGACCCACUCUUGAGACUGGAUACUUUGCCAAAUGUAUCUCCUGACAGUGGGAUCAUUUCCUUGGAUGAAUCUCCUUUUGGCAAUGAGUCACCAAAUUCAGUGGUCAGUGGAGAAUUAAGUGCUGACCUGCAGCAUUGUAAUCAAGUUUCAUCUGCUGUGUCUAUACAGUGUGGUGUUAAGAGAUCAGAACCCUCAACACCUUGUCAGGUGUAUUCAGAUGACCAUCUCAAAACUAAUGUUAAUCUUGUAAACAGUCAAGAUUGUAGAGAACAUGCUGUUGAAAUUUCAAACACUAACAGUUGUGAGGCUGUGGUUAAUUCACCUUUGGAACAAAAGAUGAAUGCUUCAUCCAAGCAGUGUACCAAUAGUGAUUCUAUACAGGUUUUGAAAUCUAACUUAUCUGCUAGUACAAAUGGAAAUGGUGUUAUUUUAUCUUCCCCCCAUAAAAUUAGCCAAACUAUGGGGCGCAAAAAAAGAGGGCGACCUCCAAAACAGAAAAAGACUCUGUUGUUGAAGCACAAAAAAAGCACAAUUUACAGUGGUUUGUAUGGUGAUACCCCUGUACAAAAUAAUGUUGGUAAUUCUUUAGAUAAAGUAAAGACAAAAGAUGGCAGCAUAAGACACAAUUCUGAACCAGGAGCCAAAGAAAAAUGUGGGUUAGUUGUUGGAAGCAAAAGCAGCUCUGCAAGUUUAAAGAAGAAAUUUGUUAACUGUGAUAUUCCUUGUGUAACAAAACGAAGUCCAGGAAGACCUAAAGGGUCUAUAUCUAAAAACAAAAAUUCCUUGAUUGUGUUUUGUCGGACUUUUAGAAAUGUUUCACAUGGGGCGAAGUCUGUUAAAUCAAAUGAACCUUCAAGUGGCAUCGCUAGUGUUAGGUUACAUUCAGCAAGUACUAGGCAUAAAAGACCUAGAGGUAGACCUCGUAAAAAUGAUGAAGAUUACCAUAGUAAACCGAUAUUAAACAGUGAUGCUGGUGAUAAUACAGAUUUACAUUUGUCUGUAAGUAAAUCUAAUUUAACUAACGUUAAGAAAAAGCAUUUUCGGAAAAGAGUCUUUACACAAAGGAAAAGAAAACCACAAAGCAUCAAAUCCAAUAACAAUAUAGCCAAUCAAACCAUGGAAAAAGCAAUAAAAAACAUUGACACCACCAAUGAUAGGGGUAAAAGUGUUUCUGUGUCUCACAAGCCAGUUAAAUCAUUUUCCAAUUCAUGUGCAGGGAAAAACAAAGCAGAGCUUGGAGCAUCUAAAUCAAAAGCGCUGGUUAGUCCUGAGCAACCAGAAUUCCAGGACAAUGAUCUUCAUGCACUUCUCAGAAGUGUUAAGUCAUCUAUCUUUAGCCAGUUCACUAAUGAAGAACCAAAUAAUGAUAUUAUUGAAAACAUUUCUUUUGACAAUCCUUUUAGAGUUCUUGAGCCGCCACCUUUUCCUAAAAUGACCCAGGUUGAACCUCCAAAAAUAGUUAAACCUAAAGCAAAGAAACCUAAGCUGCAUGUGAUGAUGAGGAGAACCAAAAGAAAAAAGCGGAAAAAGAUUACAGCACCUAAACCAGUCAAACCUGAGGCUCCACCCCCACCACCUGAAAAGUUAAAUGUGUUUAGCACUGUGUCACCUCUAAAAAAAGUAGGGAAAUUUACAGUUAUUCCACAGAAAAAGCCAGGAACCUUUGGUUCACCAACUUCAGAAAAAAAACUUUCAUUUUUUACAUCUUGUGUUCAACCCUCAAAAAUUUUAGCAACAAGUCGCUUGAAUGUAUUUCGCUCCGGAACUGGGGUUGAAGAAGCUCAUCGAUCUGGUACUCCAACAGAUACUGAUCAGCCUGAUUUUUUUGACAGACGAAACAAAAAACGUCACCGUCUUCUGUAUCGAAAGUCAAAGCACAAAAAUAUUAUUGACCCAGUAUUUGCAGCGAAGCUUGAUAUGCUUGUUUCUGGAUUGAAUGGUAUGGCCAUAUCUGAAAAUCCUGCUGAUACUUACAUUAGAGUUCGGCCUGGAGAAAUGCCAUUGCCAUCCAUUUUUAGAGUAAUCAAAAUAGAUUUAAACAAAAAAGCAAAGGAUAGAGUUCUUGCAUCUGAAGCAAUAAAUUUAGACAGGUCUAAACCAAGAAAAGAGACACCAUCUCCUUAUGAAGCUACAGCUACUGCCUUUAAGCCAAUUCCCAAAAGUGGUAGAAAAAAAAGCUCUACUGACAUAAUUGUGGAACAAAGGGAUCACUCUUCUAUAAGUGAUUCAAGUGAUCAGUGGCUUCCACCUAAAAAGCGUCAUAGACUGGUUAACCUGGAAACAUCACCAUUUAAUUCACCUACUAACUCACUUAAUGACUUUGGAUCAAUACGUAAAGAAUCUAAAGCUUUUAACCUUAAGAAAAAAGGAAGAAGACCAAGAAAGACUUCAGGCCAGGAAGAAUACAAAAAUGGUGAGAAAAUGGCACAAUGUCGAUUGAAUAAACAACUGGCAUCAUUAGAGCUGACAAUUGACACAAGUAGCUACACAACAGGGGGCUCAAGUGUAUGUGUCUCAUCACUGUCACCCUGCCCCAGCAGGCUGUCUACACGCAGCUCGACUCUACCAUCUCUGUCAUCCCCCUCUCCUACAGGCUCUGUAGGAUUUAGAAGCAGACAUUAUUCAAAAAGUAGCUACACUCUAGCCUGUCCUCUGCACUCACUCACAUCCAGUGGAAGCGACAAAUCAACCUGUGCUGAGUGUCAGCUGUUGGAGCAAUCAGUGUCUCCUGUUGCUAUGCGCACCUGUCGAACAACACUACGAUCACUGUCGUCUCAAGCCAUUGAGUCAAAUUUUUCAUGCGAGCGACCUGCCAACAGCUCGGAGUCUAGUCCAGUUUUAAAGGAAACAUUACGCCAUGAUAUGCCAGUCAUUAGAAAUGCUAGAAAACGACGGAAAUCAUCUAAUCUAUCAGCUGAGGACUCUGACUCAUCACCGCCUCGACUAGAGAAAAAUUCAUCACUAUCACCUUUAUCCUAUCGAGACAACAAUUUCUUCUCGGAGCCUCCAGAAAUAACAAACUCUCCUUUUAGAAACCAUGGCUCACCAAGAAGACAGGCUUCAAAUAGGCACACUGCUGUACAACUAAAUGAAAACUCAUGUGUUGUUCCCAAGAAAAAAAUGGCUUCAGUGAUGCCUACACAGAGAGUCUUGAGACACACAUCUCCCAAUAAAACACCCAUGUAUUCUACUGCAAAGAAAGUGUGCAAUAAGCCAGCCCCAGCCCCCAGUAGCAGCUGGGGUGAGAUUCCGACAUCGGAGUAUGAGCCUCUGCCAUUGGAACAUUGUACCAAGCGUAAACUUGUUGAGGAAAUCAAAUCUGUUCUUGCAUGUGAUAGUGAUGAAGAGUCUUUGUGUAGUGAUGAUGAUACAAAUGAUCCGUCCUUUAAAAACAUUGCUGUAUCUGGACAGUUGCCUCGUAAACGAUAUCAGAGAGUUGGAUUGUUUUCUGAUUUCUAUAAAGAUGACGAGCCCAGAAAGCGUUGUGAGAAUAUGGUAAAAUGUCGUGACAAGCUUUUGUAUGUGAAAGAAGAACAUGAAUUUGGCUUGAUUCCUCAACCCCUACAUAUUGGACAGUACUAUGUGAGACUCGUAAAGGACUUCCAGUUACCUUAUGACAUUUGGUGGCAGCAUCUUCAUAAUCAGCUACCAAAGAAACAAGAACCAAAAAUUAAAUUUAGAACCAUCAGAACAAAUGUUUAUACAGAUUGUAAAGUGAACAAUCGCAAACUUGAAACACCGCUUUGUAAUUGCACUGGCUCAGCUGUUGGGGGAAAAGGCUGUCAAGAAGAUUGUUUAAACAGAAUGAUCUAUACUGAGUGCACCUCACUCUGUGCUUUAGGAGAAAACUGUGACAAUCAGAAAAUACAAAAACACGAGUGGGUGCCAGGUUUAGAAAAAUUUUUGACCAAAGACAGAGGAUUUGGUGUGAGAACAAGAACCUUUGUCAAAAGUGGCCAGUUUAUACUGGAGUAUCUUGGUGAAGUAGUAAGUGAGACUGAGUUUCGUCGUCGAAUGAUGGAGGAAUAUUCUGAAGAGUGCCAUCAUUAUGCUUUACACCUAGACUCGGGAAGUGUCAUUGACGGCUACAGGAUGGGUAACAUUGGUCGAUACGUCAACCAUUCAUGCAAACCAAAUUGUGAAAUGCAGAAAUGGAACGUGAAUGGCUUGUACAGAAUGGUGUUAUUUGCACUUCGGGACAUUGAGCCAGGAGAAGAAUUAAGUUAUGAUUAUAACUUUGAUCCUUUCAAUCAAGAAACUCAGCAAGAAUGUCGAUGUGGUAGUGCAGAUUGCCGAGGUGUGAUAGGAGGAAAAACACAACGUAGCAAUAGCAACGCUGCUAAACCUGAGAAGAUGGAUGAUGGAAAAGAUAAACGCAAGUCUAAAUUGAUGAACAAAAAAUUAAAAGACAAGUCCUCAGAGAAUGUUCAGGUUCAACCCUUGGCCAAACCAAUGACUUUUAAAGAGAGAUGUUACGCCAGGAAACACCGUACAUUUUUAGUAAGAAAUGUGGACAAAGUGCGCAACCAGCGCAAUCCUGGUCAAGAAUAUGCAGGUCUAACUAAGGAAGAAAUAAAUGUUUUGGAUUGUAACAAGCUAAAUCCCAUAAAUUCUGAUGUUAUGCUAACCCACUUGAAUGAAAGAUCAGUGAAAACAAGGUUGGCAGCUUAUGCAAAAGAUAACCCAGAAAUGGCCAGAAGGCAUCAGCUUGCCCAGAUAUUUGAUAAAAUGCUCACAGAAUUAUUGUCAUUAAAAGAUGAAGAUGGCAACAAUAUUGUAUCCCCACUCAUGUCUUUGCCAUCACGUAAAAAACAACCUCAGUAUUAUCAGGUGGUGAGAGAACCAAUCGACCUAUCAAUGAUUAAACAAAGAGUUAAAACUGGCUACUAUGAUCAUCUCAGCUCCUUCAAUGCUGAUAUUAUGCUGCUUUUCAGUAAUGUUGAGCUGUAUUGUGGACCCAAGUCUGACAUGGGGCAGGUUAUUCUAAAGUUGAGACGUGUACUAAACUGUGUGAAGACAGAUGUAGCCAGUCAGAUUGAUGAGUUGUUGGGCUCCAAGACGACCAAAAACUACAUGGAUGCUGAGUUGGAAAAACAAGAACAGGUGUCAUGUAAAGGUUAUGAGCUGCCUGAAGAGGAUAUUAUACGAUGUAUCUGUGGGGUAACAAGGGAUGAAGGACUAAUGUUACAAUGUGAAAAGUGCAUGAGAUGGCAACAUUGCGAUUGUGUUAGAGCUAGUGGAAAAGAAGAGCAUUACCUCUGUGAUAGAUGUGAACCAAGAUAUUAUGACCCAGAGAUCUUACUGAUUCCUCCCCCACCUGAUGCCAUGCCAGACUGCACCCACUACAUGACAGUAGUGAAAGAUGAUGUGCAGUAUGCUGUGGGGGACUGUGUCUAUGUCAUGAGAGACUGUAAACGCACCUCAAGUGGAACUCCACUGCGCUCCUCCCAUCGUCUCAUGGCUUCAGUUAACCCAGACAAGUUGGAUGUGUUUAGGCUGGAACAACUCUGGAAGGACCCUAAAGGUGAAAGAUUUGCCAGUGGGACACCGUAUCUUAGACCCCAAGAAACCUUCCACGAACCAACACGCAAGUUCUACCACAAUGAACUGUUCCGCACGCCUAAUUUUGAGAUAAUCCCAAUGGAGUUAGUAAUGGGUAAAUGCAUAGUUAUGGAUCCCAACACCUACUGCAAGGGGCGGCCCAAAGGAUUUAAAGAACAAGAUAUCUAUAUAUGUGAAUACAGAGUUGAUAAGACAGCCCAUCUGUUUCACAAAAUACAAAAAAUUUGGUACCCAAUCAAUACUGGCAGAUUUUGUUUUGACUGGUUUAACACAAAGUUAAAUAUUCGUAGGACAUUUUUGCCUCAUGAGGUACCAGAAGAAUACAAGCGCAAGGCUGAGAGAAAUCUGGCAGCUACACCAACUCUCAAAAUGGGGGUUAAACAAGAGGAGAAAUACGACAUCAAGAAGGUUUCUAAAAGUCAUACAGUAUCUCAUGGAAAGGUGAAGAUUGAUGAAAGUAUCAAAAAUGAUUUAAAGCUGAAAGCUCAAGUGAAAGUUAAUGUUAAAAAAGGUGCUUUGCACAAAACAGAUGUAUUUCAGUCCAAAGAGGAUCUAGCAGCUCUCCUCAAAUUGAAAGAAGCCAAGAAGAAAGAAAAGAAAAUGAGACUUGAUAAAAUUUUAACCAAGCUUUUGAAUAAUAUACCUGGCAAACAGAAGGUAGACCUGACAUAUCUUUUGGAAGAGGGGAAAAGAGUGCGUAAGAAAGUGACCAAGUGAAUGCACUAUUUUUAUUGUCUUUAAUUAAUAUAAUACACUUAAGCAAUUAAAACCACAGCUGAUCAUAUCUUCUAUGUUUGGCUGAUUAAUUAUUAAAUUGUUGGUGUAAUUACAUAACCACAAGAGUAAUUAAUUAAUUGUGGAAAUAUUUAUUUAUCAUCAUGAUUUUUAAAGGUUAUAUUGUGUGGCAUUUAAAUAUUUACAGUGGUCUCCAACGAGUAUUUUGAAUUGAUUUUAUAUUCCUAGCGGCAAAUUUAUUUUGAAAUUAUUUACAUUACCGUAAUACAGAUAAUAAUUUUACACUAGCAUUUAUUGAGUAUUUCUCAUAUCUCCAUUUUUAAUGUAUUUCUUGAAUUGCAAAAGUAUUACAUUUAUGCGAACCAUUUUUAACAAUGCUCUUAAUUACAAAUAAAACCCAUUUAAAAAUUAAAAUCUUAGAAUCUUUUACAAGUAGAACAUAGUUUUAAAAAAAAUUACAUAGUUUUUUUGUUUAAAUAAUUAUUUAGCAAAAGUUUUUUAUUUUUUCCUGAUUUACUGUUACUAGAUCCACCCUCCCAAGCCAUGCAGAUCCAUCCUCUCAAUACAUGUAGAUCCCACUCAACAAAAGUAAAGUAAAACCAACUUAGUUGUAGGUAGAUAAUCUUUUAGCUGACUUUGUUGUUUGCUUGGUGUACCUCACCAAGUCCAAUGUUGGAGACCACUAACAGAUUCUAUACUGAAAAAAAAACAAUUGUACUAACACUAGGCAGCAGUUUACAAUCUUUUCUAGAUGCUAACUACAGUUUAUUAUUUUUAUAUUUGGUUGUAGACAUUGCUUUGUUUCAAUAUCAAAUGACUCAAAUCAAAUGUAGUAUUUGGGCAUUCUUACAUUAACCCAUUCAGGAUCAUGAUUUAUUAGAUCAUCAUUACUAAGUGGAAAAUUAUUAAUGUUGAAAAGUAUUUCAUUGUGAAUGAAUGAAUAUACUAUUUACUUAUGAAUAUACCAUUUACUUAAUAUCAACUCAAAUACAUAACAACUGAACUGAAUGGGUUUAUGUAUUUGAGCCAUACAUUACAAAUCUCCAAACUGCUGUGCACCCAUAAAUUGUCAACGGUUCUUUCACAAAAUUGUUUUUUCAUUUUCUUUAUUUGUCAUCCAUGUAAACUGAAUGAGAAUACUAUUGCUAACACAAGAUAUAUUCUUGUUCCUCUAUUUGCUCUUUAUCCUAGAACUAUCUCCAGCACUACUUGAAUAUGUAAUUAUCUGUUGGAUAGACACCAUAAGAUUUGGUCUGAAUUUUUUUUUGAUUUGUUAUUGUAACCCAGGUGCUCAAUAAUUUUGUUUCUAAAAAAAAACUGUUCAAACAAGACUGCCUUGUGUUUGCUGCCAUAACCUUCCCUCUCAUUGUUACCUGACAUAAUGUGUGCUAAAUUGUUGGACCUUAAUAGCUAGGACCAUCUUGUGUAGAAAACCUUAUAGCUUCUUACCACCAGAGCAUUGUGUAGAUGUACAGUAUUACACUAUUGUUAAGUACAUUCUCCUUGAUUAUGUUUAUGUUUUUAAAAUCACUUGUUUCAUUGGCUUAUUUUCUUUAUAUAAGCACAAUCUCUUGAUUUUGUUUUAGCUUGUUUUUGUUUAUUCCUGUGAUCACAAAUAGCCUUAGAUCUACAAUAAGAAGGAAAAAAAACGGUUUUGAAAACUACAAUGUGAACCAAAGUUUGUGUUAUUAUAAAUUGUACAGUUUUUUAGUUGAUCACGAGGGACAGGAAGUGACCCUACAAGCAGGUUGUCAUAUCUAGACUGUAUUAUUUCAUAUUGAGUGUAUUCAAGCAAUGUGCAUCUAGACUAGCCAAAGAUAGACAUCAGCAUGUACUCUUCUAUAAAUAUUGUUGACAUUGUAAAUUUGUACAGUAGAAUGACAUGUUAAUUUAUAAACGACUCAAAUGACAAUCACAGAUGUCCUCAGUUAAACAAGAACAAAGAAAAAAUAAACAAUGUCACCUCUUAAAAGUGAAAAUCAUUUUUUAAAAUAAAAUGAAAAUUGUAUAUUGCUUAAGAAUGCAAUUUUUAAUUUUAGUUAGUCCCAAAGCAUUGUGUGAUGUUUGAUUCUUAAGAAGGUUGUAAUAGUUUUUUGUGCUGAAUAGCCAUUUUAACUUAUUGUAUCUAUUUAUUGUUUUGAUGGUUGUGACCUUUAAAAAAAAGCAAGUCAUCUCUCCAGCAUGCACUUUGAUAUUUAUAUUGCUAUAUUAUGAACUACUGCAUAAUUUCUGCUAGCUUGGAAUAAAAUAACUAAAGAGGCGGAGAUAGGAUUCUAUUGAAUCAUAGUACUAUUUUUUAUAGAGGUUUGCUAUUUGGUUGCAAACAUUUUUACAAUUGUGCUACAUCUCAUACAGCUAUAUAUAGUGCAGCAUCACAUACAGCUGUAUAUAGUGCUGCAUCUUAUACAGGUGUAUAUAGUGCAGCAUAUCAUACAGCUGUAUAUAGUGCUGCAUCUCAUACAGCUGUAUAUAGUGCAGCAUCACAUACAGCUGUAUAUAGUGCAGCAUCACAUACAGCUGUAUAUAGUGCUGCAUCACAUACAGCUGUAUAUAGUGCUGCAUCACAUACAGCUGUAUAUAGUGCUGCAUCACAUACAGCUGUAUAUAGUGCUGCAUCUCAUACAGCUGUAUAUAGUGCUGCAUCUCAUACAGCUGUAUAUAGUGCAGCAUCACAUACAGCUGUAUAUAGUGCUGCAUCACAUACAGCUGUAUAUAGUGCUGCAUCUCAUACAACCGUAUAUAGUGCUGCAUUGGAAAUGUAAUUUUAGGUUGAAAACAUUUUUAAAUAUUUAUUUAUAUAGAUAGUUCUUUGCUUGUAAAAAUAUGUUUUUUCUUAUACAUAUGUGUAUAUAAUUAUUGGUAUGUGUUAAUUUUAAAUAGCAGUGAAUUUUUAGCAUUACCAUUUUUGAAACAAAGUAUUUAAUAAUAAAAUAUAAUAAUAUAGCUUUGAUUUAUUCUGGGUUUUACAUGUUAUGAAAGAAUACAUUUUAAUCUCAUUUAAAUUGCUAUUUUACUUAUCAAAUAUCCAGUGAAGAUGGCUUUUUAAAUUUUUAUCAUGUACAAGUUUCUUGUAUAUUUUUCAUUUCAUUACACUGUAUGAAAAUAAUUUACCAUCACUUGAUAUCGUCAGUGCUCCAUAUAAUUUGAAAGCAACAUUUGAAACUGUAAAUGAAGGAAGAAUCAUAAAGGACAUCCUUUACAUUUGUAAGCUACUAUAAUCAUAUUUUGGGUAAACACUGUGUUUGUACAUUAUUGACUGUAUCUUCCCUUUGUAUUAAACUCCACUUUGAACUCUGUAUUUCUUCCUUCAAUCCUGUGACGUGAAUGUUAUACAUUACUAUGCAAGAAUUCAUUUUGAUAAUGAACAAUUAAUUUGUUGAACACCUUUUCUUCCUUUUCUUAAUUGUAGAUUUUUAUACUUGAUGGUGACCUACUGUGUAAGCUUUAUAUAGUGACUCUGUUACUAGUAUACAAUUUGAUUUGUUUCACAUAAUGAAUACUACAUCAUCAUUUACCAGCUUCCUCAAACAAGCUUAUGGUGACUUAAUCUGUAAGCUUUAUAUAGUAUAGUGACUCAUUACCUACAUGAUUUAUGCUUCUCAUAACAAAUGGCAUGAUCAUUUGCCAACCACUUCAAACAACACAUGUGUAUAUAUAUAGAUGAAAACUUAAUGGUUAUCAAUUUGAUUGGUAUAUUAUGUUCAAAUUGUAAUUAUCUCUGGAGAGUGACUCCAGUGUGUGUCAUAGAUCAAAAGCAUUAUAUGUUGAGUGGGCAGACCUGUGUUUAUUGUAAUGUUCCCAUUGCCUGCCAUUUGUUAUCUCAUGUAGACUUGAAAUAGAAAUGUCAUUGUCACUACCAAGCUUGUCACAAGAACACACAGGGUUUCAACUCAUUUUUGUUGAUGUUCUUUCUUCAGUUUUUUAAAAAUAUUAUUUUGCACAUAUUUCUACACAUAUUAUCUAUAGUAAUGUGUUCAUUUCUUAUUUUUAUUGUACAUUUUUCGGUGCUUUUUUCUCUCUCCAUGAAAUCUUAUUUAAUCUUUUUUUCAAGCUAAAUUAAACUUUCCAUGAUAAAGUUAAAUUUUCCUCAAACUGAAAGAACAAAAAAAUGAAAAAAAAAAUUAACUGCAACAUAUAUAAUUGUACAUUGUAAAUUUCCCAAAGGCUGUUGUUCUAUACUUGAGAUAGGCUGCUAAAAGACAUAAUGUAGUGUUUCUGUUUUCUCCUUCCCAGUAGCAUGCACCACUUUGCUCAUGUUGAUUCACCACCCAUGACUGUCAUACUAAAUCAUUUGUGAUCAUUUUCUUUUAUUAUGUACAUGAUACUCCGAUAUUUUUCCUCUCUCUCUCUCAAUGUUCUCCUAUUUUUGUAUUUGAACAUUGUCAUGGUGCAGUGGAACAUUGAAUACAAGUAUAUCUAGCCACUCUUUUAGUAUUGCUGUGUUUUUUUGGUUCAAGUCUUGUCUGUUGUUCUUGUUGAACAAUUAAAGUAUACCUAGACUGGUGAAACUGGU